AUGAGUGACCAGGGAUCUGCUGACCGCUUUGAUACCGAAUUAUUAAUAGAUGAAAUAGAAAAACGUCCAGCCAUUUGGGAUAUGGCAUGUGCUGACUACAAGGAUAGGGUAGUCAAAAAGAGAUGCUGGGAGGAAUUAGUGGAUUUAUUCUGCAGUGGAGACGAACAGGAGAAAAAAAAUGUAGCUGUGAUUUUGCAAAAGAAAUGGAAAAGUUUGAGAGACUGCUUCGCAAGAGAGCUCAAGAAACAUAAGACUCUUCCAUCCGGGUCAAAAGCCAAACAUGUCACCUACGUUUAUUUCAGAAGAUUGAGCUUUUUAGAAAAUUCUGUAGCAGGAAAGGAAACAACUAGCAAUCUUGAGACAAAUACAGAGGAGUCUUUGUGCGAUGAUGAAGAUGUUACAGAACAACGCUGUGCUACUGGAACUUCUACAAAGAAAAAGACGAAGCUAAAUCCACUUGAUCAACAUUUUGCUGAAAUUUUAGAGAAAAGCUUACUUGAAAGACGAAAAGAAGAAGACCAGCGGAAUGAUGCUGAGAGGCUCUUUUGUUUAUCACUCUACAAAGAACUUAAAAAGGUGCCUGAAGACUCCCAGUUGAGGACCAAAAUUGAAAUAUUAAAUUUAAUUCAGCGUGCACAAGUACCAUGUACACCAUCGCAGGCCAUGUAUGGAAUCAACCAUCCACCUUUAUACAACAAUUCAUUUCCACAAACCGCAGGAUACACCAGUCAACCAAUCCCAUCACAUAGUCAUUUACAUCAAACAUUUCCAAUCCAAGCUACUAUUUUCCACCAGACAAAUUCCCAACAACCAUAUCCUAGUACCUCAGGUGGCAGCAACACUUCAACACAGGUUUCAUAUGGUCACACACCGACUCCUUCACCAGGAGGUGUAAGCUCUGUGUCUGAUACACAAUCCGAGUAUCUGAAUGUGUACGAGUAAUGAGAAAAUUUAGCUACUAAGUGUAUUUGAUAGAAUUACUGCAGUGGAUUUUUUUUUACAAGUUAAUAGGGAUCACAGAUUUACAGUACAUAGGUAGAGUGGAAUAACUUUAAUAGCGUUGCAAUUAUGUUUAUAUUCUCGACAUAAGCCGUCGCACUCAUACAUAGGUACACACACACACACACACACACACACACAAGGAGAAUAUGCAUUUUUCUUUUACUAGGAAAGAGCCAUUAUAACAAUUGUAUGCUUUGAUAACUAAUAAAAACACUCACCUCAG